UACGCGAGCCCACGGCUCACGAGGGACGGAGGGAGGGGAGGGACGUCACGCUCCUCGCGCCCCCACCCUCCUAUACCAUCCCCUCCCCCUUUCCUCCCCCACGCGCACGCCCACCUCCGCACCGACGAAGCUUCCCCCCCGCACCACCAGCCCGGGGAACCCAUCGAGAGGCGGCGGCCGCUCCGGGAGCGAGGGAUCGGGAGGAACGGGGCCAGGCGGGGGCUCGGAGAUGUCGACGCCGGCGAGGAAGCGCCUGAUGCGCGACUUCAAGCGCCUGCAGCAGGACCCGCCCGCCGGCAUCAGCGGCGCGCCGCACGACAACAACAUAACGCUCUGGAACGCCGUCAUAUUCGGGCCCGAUGACACGCCGUGGGAUGGAGGUACGUUCAAGCUGACCCUGCAAUUCACAGAAGAUUACCCCAACAAGCCACCAACUGUUCGGUUUGUCUCAAGGAUGUUCCACCCAAACAUCUAUGCAGAUGGAAGCAUCUGCUUGGAUAUCCUACAGAACCAGUGGAGCCCUAUAUAUGAUGUUGCAGCAAUAUUGACCUCUAUCCAGUCCCUGCUGUGCGACCCGAAUCCGAAUUCUCCAGCCAACUCCGAAGCAGCCAGAAUGUACAGCGAGAACAAGCGCGAGUACAACCGCAAGGUGCGUGAGGUCGUGGAGCAGAGCUGGACAGCGGACUAGCGUCACCAGGUCCUGCAAUAAGCGAUGCCCGGAACGUCUCCAUUUCUGGCUUUGCUGGUCUGUACCACCGAACUAAAACAUUAAAAAAACCAUGGCCGUUGUGUCCCUGUGCUUGAUCUCCUGUUGUUUUUUCAGUGCGUGUGACCUGUUUGGUGAACUAAGGCAUGCUAGCCAUUGUAAAGAUUUUAUAUAUAGCUAGAAGUUGUUGCAACUUGCUAGUUUUUUAA